UCGGUUAACGUUGAUUCUUAUUUGUUUGACAUUUAAUUGUUAGUUUAAAUUACAAAAUUCAAUGAAAAUGGUUUCAGUUGGAGUGUAUAAGAUGAUCUUCACAACCAAUAGCUGACAAUUGAUAAGCUUAUCACAAAUCGUCACCACAAGAAUGAAUUCAGGGACUGGACAGAAAUCUGCCUCCAAUUUGAGCUCAUCUUCCGUUACAAGUGGCCGAUCUAUAAAUUACCAGACUGCGGAAUAUGGUCAAUUUUUUUGGGCUGCUUAUUUUCACCAAUUGAAUCAACCAUCAUGUCAACAAUCAAUGGUAAACUUUUCUACACAAGAGGAACCCAAAAAUUUAACUCAUCCAUUAACUCAGGGAUCCCAUUAUUCACCGAUAUCAUCUUCAUCUUCAUCUUCCUCACCAUCUUUAUCUUCAAACAUGAAGGAUUUAUGCAGAUAUAAUCCAUCUAAUUCAUUCAAAAAUGGAAAGAAUCCACAAACUGACAAUAAUGGCUCAAAAUGUAGACCAAAUUAUGGCAAUUGGAAUUCAAAAGAUGAUAUCAAUAGAUACACAGCUAAUGGUGUCCGUUCUAAUCAAUACGCAAUUUCUGAGAACUCGGAUGGUGAUUGUCCACAAAAACUAGAUGUAGAUGAUGACGGUGAAAAUAGAUACAAGAAAGAAAUGGCUGCUGUUAUUGAACAAAUCCAAAGGCGGGCAGCGUAUCAAGGUUACCCGAUUAUUCAAAACGACGUUACCCGACAUGCAAAACCUACGUAUAAAAGUCCGCCUAGGGAAUAUGCUGUUGUUGAUGAACACCGAAUGGAUGAGAUUAUCGCUAAAGAGUUGGACUUAGCUUUAUGUUUAUCCAAAAAAGGCCGCAAAAAUUCACGCAGUCAUCGACUUAAUCAACAAACGAAGCAGAAAACUCGUCCAAAGACCGGAAAAAAGUCGAGUAUUAAAGAUAAAUUAAUAUCCCUUACCGUGGAACGGAUAAAGGCAGCUGUAUUCAACUGCGGCCCUAAUCCACCAAGUCCUCAUUUAAACAAAAAAUCUGAUUAUGAAGCGAACCGACAAUCCACGCAGAAUCGAUCAUUUCAUCAGCCAGAAGCUUGGAAUCAGUAUCAAGAUCUCAAUACACUCGGACAAUUCCGAACCUCGCAACUCUUGUGUCAACCAAAACCUGAAGUUAUGCGUCAACCAGCUGACCUUCAACCCCUUACCCGUAAACCCAAACGGUAUUGUACUUGUAAAAAACGCGAUUCUCGAAUGAACAAUGAUGCUCCAUCAUCAUCAGCAUCAGUAUCUAAUAAUUUUAACGUACCAUCAGCUAAUUUUAAUUCGACUGAUCAUUCGAUUUACGAGCUUCUUCAUAGGUAGUUUCAGGCACCACACUAUAACUCAUCUUAACGACCAAAAGUUCUGCAGAAAUGGCAUCAUCAAGCACAAAUUGGUGAAAUCGAUUUUUGUCUUUAUUAUUUGCUUUUGAUAUGAAACAAAAUAGGAAUGAAGAAACAAUAAUAAUAAACAUUUUUAACCAAGUAAAAUGUAUAGGCUUAGAAGUGUGUUAUUUAUAGGUAAUCCAGUCUAAGCUUAUGUCUUUGACUAUCAAGUAUAACAAUUUUCAGAACUUUCUGAACAUUCAGAUGUUUUUGUUUUCUCAUGAUUGCAAGUAUUUUAAAAAAGGUUAAAAAUCCUUCAAACUUAGCCAUGACUUUUAGUUUCACUAGAUUUACAGCUACUCUACUUAUUAUCAAAGUUUACCUCAAAUUGUUUCAAACGUUUCAUUUAUUAAUAAACAUAAUUUAUUGAUUGCUUGUAAAAUCAGAAAAUUUAUUGCCCAUGAAAAUGGAUACUAAAAAACUGAAUAGUAAAUGAAUUGUAAAAUGUU